AACGGGUCGGACCCGAAUAAGGUUUUCUAGAGAAGUCCGAUAGCUUCGGGUUGGAUCUUGGCUUCUACGAUCCGAACCCGAUAAAGGAGCUCUUCUUUAUGAGAGUUGGAACUCCGGCGAGCGGCGGCGACGGAGAGAGAGAGAGAGAGAGAGAUGAGUUCUUCUUCGUCUUCGCAGACGCAUCGGAGGAAAGGAGGAGAGCAGGAGGAGAAGGAGAGGCCUAGGUUCUUUGAUGCAAAGGCGAAGGCUUUCUGCUGGCAAAGAGCGGAUGUGGUGCCGGGGCGCCACCCGGAGCGGUGGCGUAAGGACUCCGCCGGAAACGUUGUUUGCAAACGCUUCUGCAACUGCCAUGGAUGUCUGUGUUAUGAGUAUGAUCACAUCAUUCCCUACUCUAAAGGUGGAGAGUCGACAGCAGAGAAUUGCCAAAUUCUCCAAACAAGGGUGAACAGAUACAAAGCUGAUAAGGAGUGGAUGGACAAGAAAGAGUUGGAAGGUUUCUCCUGCGACAUAAAGUUCACCGAUAAGGAGCUUGAUAUAAUUGAAAUGGCAGUGUAUGGAGAUGUAAUUCGACCGGGAAAUCAGUGUCGUUGCAGAACAAUUGCUGAAAUGCUUGGCCAAGUGAAGGCGAAAAGCCCAUUGGCUGCUUGUGAGCUUCCAUAUAAAGAAUCAUCUUAAUAGGUCAGAUUAUUGAACUCAUGAUUAGGAAAACAACUUUGAUUUUUCACAUUGUCAUUCUGAAUCUCUGAUUGAAAAACAUUGUCUUGUAUGAUGAUCAUAAUUGUCAUUCUAAUGGAAAAGUAUUCUCAUAAUCUUGCAUGAUUA